AUGUCCUCAAGGGCUCAAAAAUUAGUGCAGCUUGCACUAGAGGAGGAAAUCGAUUCUCGAGAAUCUAGCCUUAUAUUCCGGCACAGGAUCACCUCUCAUUCAAAAGAAACAGACAGUAGACAAAGAAAGCUUUUUAGUGUCAUCAGCGGUGUGGCUUUUGGUUCGGAAAAGGAUCCAGGGAUACUCUACUAUAAAAGAGACAUAUUCCAAGAGGACUACAAAAUGGUAGACAUGAAUAGAUCCUCUAGAAAACCGAUAGGGUUACCACUAGAACUGUGUUUGCCGCGUCAAACUCCAAAAGGACUUAGCAAGAAAAAGCACAAUCAUCUUCUCAUGCUUCUGCAAUGGAUACCAGAAGCAUUUUAUGUUUUUUUAUAA